AUGUCGCAUAACGAAGACGCGGUCGAUGCGUCGACCAAUUCAGCGCCGGACCUUCAGAUCUUGGGUGAUGAAGUUACCCUCCAGCCCAGUGGCUAUGUUGAGUCGCCAUCCAAGAAUAUUCCCGAGGGAAAGGAAGAGGCUUUGAUGGACAAGUUUGCCUCAUUCCGCUCUGAACCUUUCCAAUUCCUUCGCGAAGUCUCAUUAUAUGUAUCUGGUCAAGGAUGGCGAGCUUACGACCGUGUCAUUGGUCAGCCUGUCUUCUACUCCGGGUUCUCAGAAAACAUGAAGAACAUGGUUCUCUCAGCUCCUCUUCUUCAGCAAAGAAUCAGCCGGCUUGCUGAACACCGCGUGGCUGUUGAAGAGCGCGAGGGUAUGCUGCCGAGGGACUGCAAAGACUAUGGCGCCAAACGAGCCCAUCGACUCACAGAGAUUGAGUCAGGUCUUCAAGAACUUGCGGAGAAGUGGACUGACGAUAUGAUAUGCAAGAUGGAAAGCAAAGCGUUUAUUCGUGGGGCGUACUAUCUGACCACUCAGCUCUUGACGCGCGCAUAUCAUCAAGGCAUCCAUGUUUCCAGUGAAGAGGUUUUGCGCCUGCGGAAGGUCGCUGAGGUCGCAGCAAAGAAGAAACAGAGCAUCAUCUUCUUACCGAGUCAUCGAUCGCACGUCGAUUACGUCUCGCUGCAGCUCAUCUGCUACCGCUUAGGCCUUACGUUACCGGUCGUGGUCGCAGGGGACAACUUGAACAUCCCAGUGUUGGGCGAAUUCCUUCAACAUGCAGGAGCCAUGUGGAUUCGAAGGGCGUUCGGUGAUGAUGUCCUCUACACCACAUUAGUCCAGUCAUAUAUCGACACACUACUUCAAGAAGGCUACAACUUCGAGUGUUUCAUUGAGGGUGGACGUUCUCGUACAGGGAAGUUGUUACCUCCAAAGUUUGGGAUUCUUAGUUUUGUACUCGAUAGUAUUUUAUCUGGGCGUGUUAAAGAUGCUAUCAUAUGCCCUGUCAGCACACAGUACGAUAAAGUUAUUGAGACUGAGGGUUAUGUUACCGAGCUACUUGGAAUGCCCAAGAAGAAGGAGAAUCUUGCUGACUUUCUGAGCGGCGGAUCUUCCGUCCUUUCUUUACGCCUGGGUCGCGUGGAUGUCAGGUUUCAUGAGCCUUGGAGCUUAAGAAAGUUCUUGGAUGACCAGUUAUCAAAACUGUCCAGUGUACCGCGCGGUCUCGAUACUGAUCAUCAACGUCCAGAGGUCCGAGCAGUACGAGAGAAACUUCUACGCACGAUGGGCUAUCAGGUUCUGAGCGAUAUCAACGAAGUGUCUGUCGUGAUGCCUACAGCACUGAUAGGGACUGUUCUUCUGACACUCCGCGGUCGCGGAGUGGGCAAGGAAGAAUUGAAACGGCGAGUUACAUGGCUCACAGAACGUGUACGUGCGAAAGGUGGGCGCGUGGCUCAUUUUGGCAAUGCACCUCUCACCGAAAUCAUCGAACGCGGUCUCGAGGUUCUCGGCAAAGAUCUUGUUGGCGUGGUCGAGGGUCUUGCUGAGCCUACAUACUAUGCUGUCGACCGCUUUCAGCUGUCAUUUUAUCGCAACAUGACGAUCCAUCUCUUCAUUUACGAAGCACUCGUCAGUGCAGCAAUGUAUUCGAGAGUCAAGAGGGGAGGUGGGCCCCAAAUGCAAGACAUGCCGUUUGAUGAGCUGAAAGAACAAGUAUACUUUCUUUCGUCACUUUUUCGAGGCGAGUUCAUCUUUUCUAGCGAGGGUCUUGACACAAAUCUGGAUCGGACUCUGCGAGGCUUGGAGGCAGACGAAGUUAUUAGGAUUGACCGCGACGCCGAGGGCAACGUCACAAUGGUUGGUCUUGCGGACCAGGAGAGAAGGGCUGGAAGAGAGAACUACGAUUUUUACUGCUUCCUUAUAUGGCCUUUCAUCGAGGCCACUUGGUUGGCAGCAGUUUCUCUUAUGGGUCUCACUCCCCCCUUGGGCCAAAACGGAGAGAUCUGGAUUGAACAAGGCAAAACACACAACAGCGCACAGCUGCUCGGCAAGACACUUUAUCAUCAGGGUGAUCUCUCGUAUUUUGAAGCCGUCAAUAAGGAGACUCUGAAGAACUCGUACACACGCUUCGAACAAGAUCAACUCCUCCACGUUGUUAAAUCAAAAGACUCCAAGAUUCCUCCGCGUGUGCAGCUCGACGCCUCCUGGCGAACUCCUCGCGAUCCCCAGACCGGCGCGCUGCUAGCGGAAGGCAAGCUUUGGGACUUCACCGAGAAGAUCGCCAAAUCACGACGUGAAGGCAAAAACCGCCGUGAUGGCGCCACGGUUAGCAGCCGUGUGCUCCGACUUACCGAUGAGCUCGGCCGUAAACUUUGGGAGGAAACAGUAGAAGGUGAACGCAGCGGAAAAGGCAAGGUCCCUAGCAGAUUAAACAGCGAAGAGAAGGAAGCUUUCGACAAGAGUAUAAGGCAAGUUAAGAAGAAGAGAGAGGAGAGGGCCCGGGCUCAUCUUUAA